UUCAGCACCACUUACACACCUUCACCUGUGACUACAGUAGCAAGUGAUCAGCUCUAACUUGAAUGUCUUUUUGUUUUUGGCAAUGGAUAUCUCAUCUCAUCAACAUCUGGAUCCUAAAAUGUUCUGUUACCCUGAAUCAAAUGCCUCCUGCACCAGAGAAAUCUUCAGUGAAGGAGUUCAAAUUGCUUCAUACUUUUUUUUUGUUUCUGUUAUGCUGGUUACUAUUCUAGGGAACGGUGUGGUCAUUAUCUCCAUUGCUCACAUAAAACAGCUCCACACGCCAACUAACAUGCUUAUAAUGUCUUUGGCAGUUGCAGACCUGCUGCUUGGAGUAACUGUGAUGCCUUUUAGUACAAUUAAGGCUGUGGAGGGCUGCUGGUACUUUGGAGAUGCUUUUUGUUUCCUGCAUUCUGAUAUGUUCCACACAUCUGUUUCAAUUUUCCACCUGGUAUUCAUAGCCAUAGAUCGAUAUGAGGCUGUGUGCAGUCCACUUCGCUAUUCCACCAAGAUUACUAUACCAAUUGCAUGGCUCAUGGUUUUUGCCAGUUGGGCCGUUGCUGCAUUGUACUCCUAUGGCCUACUAUAUUCCAAAGCAAAUGUUAGAGGACUGGAUGAAUUCAUUGCAUCCAUAUACUGCCUGGGAAGUUGUAAUCUUUUCCUUAAUGCUCUGUGGGGCGCCCUAGACACAUUGAUAGCAUUUUUCUUUCCGUGCUCUGUAAUGGUGGGUUUGUAUACCAAAAUAUUUUUGGUGGCAAAAGAACAUCUAACGAAGAUUGAAGACAGCCAAAAGAAUUCCAAUGAGGGAGGUAGAGGUGUGGUGUCUCAACGGUCAGAGCGGAAAGCAGCUAAAACUUUAGGCAUUGUGGUGGGUGUUUUCAUCUUUUGCUGGCUGCCUUUCUUUGUUAAUUCCAUAGUUGAUCCAUACACAAACUUUAGCACACCACCUAUUCUCUUUGAAGUGUUUAUCUGGCUGGGUUACUUUAAUUCUACUGCAAAUCCAAUCAUCUAUGCACUGUUUUAUCCAUGGUUUCGAAAAUGUCUUAAUCUCAUUGUCACAUUAAAAAUAUUCAAUAGAAAUUCUUCUUAUAUAAAUGUAUUUGCUACUACAUGA